AUGCGUAUUUCUUCUCUCUUAGCUACCGUGGCCGGCGCCAGUACCGCAUCGGCGGGCGUGAUGCGGAUCGCGGCUAACACCCUGGCCUGGAAUUGGACGGUGACAGAAUGGGGCGCUGGUUGCUCGAAGGGAGCAUGCUCCUAUGAUUUCAACGUGACUGGUAUUGGGAAUGGCACGGCGCACCCUGCCAAACCGUCGUUCAAGGCGUACUGUAACGGACAAGGCGAGGGUGCCGACUACAGAGCUUGUACUAAUCUCGAGGAUUCGGGAACCGAAUAUUCUGUCGUUGCAAAGCUCCUCUUGCCGAAUAAUGCGACCAAUGAAACGCACUCUCGACCUCAGAUUCAAGUCAGCCUCAAGUUUACUGACCUGAACACAUCGUCGACCUGGUGGAAUUAUACCGGAAAGGCCGAGACCAAGUACAACCAAUUCGCCGGGCCACGUAUGAACUUCACCAUUGCCCCUGAUACCAUCUUCGGCGCAGCGUAG